GCCUAGAGAAAAGGCAGUACACGAUGCAAGUCAUCUUUGGUCCGGGCGAGGAGACCAUACGCAUUUCGGUGAUUCUCCGAGGCACGGGAAAGCGGAUCUCGCCGGUGGAGAAGGCAGCGUAUCACGAGGACGUGGACGUGUUUUUCCAGGGGAACGCGUGGGCCGACGAAAAUUUCUGCAUGGAGUGGGCGAAGAGGUCCUACCGCGAAGGCCUGAUGCGCGGACGGGGUGAGCUCCCCAAGGCGAGGUCCAUUCUUAUCAUGGACAACUUGCACGCGCAGACCACGGACGAGUUCAAGGAGUAUCUUGCGAAGCACUGCAACACUCUCGCCUGGUAUGGCCCUUCGGAGUGCACGGACGAGGUGCAGCCAGUUGAUGCAGGAGCCGGACGAUUUCUCAAGGUGGAAGUCGGGAGGCAGAUGGACAUAUGGCUCGAUCAGUCGGACAACCUCGAGAGGUGGGAAACCGCGUCGCUGACAGCUUCUGAUCGGCGCGUCCUGAUCACUCAGUGGAUGGGAGCGGCCAUGGCAAGACUCAACAGCCAACAGGCGUACCGAUACCGUCUUUUCGAAAAGUGCGGGAUGGCCAUGACCGUGGACGGCUCGGGCGAUGAUCGAAUGACCUUGGAGGGUUUGGACAAGCCGUAUACCUUCGUUUACGAUGAAGACAGUAGCGACGACGAACAAGGUUCGGAGAACGGCAACGAUGAGCCUGAGGGGCGGGCGGAGUAGGGUGAUGGAGGACGUGAGACGCUC